CCCCCACCCCCCCUUUUUCAAAAUGGCUGCCGUGUCUGCUCCCUCCAGUGCUACUCCGAUCGGAAAGUGACUCUCGACUCACCCGUCCUUAUUGCUUCUCACUUCUGUCGCUGUCGUCGAGACUUUUGAAAAACAAAUUUCAUUUGCAUCUGUUCACCUCCCCCAUCUCCUCCUCUUCUUUCUGCUCCAGCCUUCAGCAUCCAUCGGGCCUUUUUUUCCCCCAAAACAACCAGCUCCCAACACUCUUCUGAUCAAUCAACAAUUUCCAAUGGUUUGAAUACACUUUUCCUUUUUUCUUUUUAAAUGAACAAUGUGUGAAAACUGCGCCGAGCUGGUGGAGGUUUUAAAUGAAAUAUCGGAUGCAGACAGCAGUGAUGGCUUACAACUGAAAAAAGAGCAUGCUCUUAGAAUUUUUAAUUACAUCAAUUCUUGGACCCAAAGGCAGUGUCUUUGUUGCUUUAAGGAGUACAAGCACCUUGAGGUUUUUAACCAGGUGGUCUACGCGCUCAUAAACUUGGUGAUCAGCCAGGUGCAGUCUCUCCGGGACCAGCUCUGUAAAACUUGCACCGGCGCCACCGAGCCAGAGUGGGCAGACGUGACCCAGCAGGGCGGCGAUGAGGCGGUCAACGUGGAGAGGGAUUCCAACGAGGAGGACGGGGCCGGCGAGGGGCAGACCUUGGCGGACGGCAAGCCGGAGAGCGCCACAGCCGCGGAGCUCGCUUCCCCGAAGAGCCUCGACCCCUUCGGCUCCUGGAGCACCGAGGAAAAGGAGAAGCUGCUACUGUGCGCCGCCAAGAUCUUCCAGAUCCAGUUCCCUUUGUACACGGCUUACAAACACAACACUCAUCACACGAUCGAGGAUAUUUCAGCUCAAGAAAGCAAUUUACUAGGAUCAUUUUGUGAUAUGAAUGAUGUUGAAGUACCUUUGCACUUGCUUCGUUAUGUUUGCCUCUUUUGCGGAAAACAAGGCCUUUCUCUCAUGAAGGAUUGCUUUGAAUCGGGAACUCCUGAAACACUGCCUUUUCCAAUCGCGCAUGCAUUUAUCACCAUUGUCUCAAAUAUCAGAAUAUGGCUGCACAUUCCUGCAGUCAUGCAGCACAUUAUACCUUUUCGGACCUAUGUAAUAAGAUACUUAUGCAAGCUCUCAGAUCAGGAGCUAAGACAAAGUGCAGCUCGGAACAUGGCAGAUUUAAUGUGGAGUACGGUUAAAGAGCCCUUGGACACUGCUCUGUGUUUUGACAAAGAGAGCUUGGAUCUUGCUUUCAAGUACUUUAUGUCUCCAACUCUAACUAUGCGAUUGGCAGGCCUUAGCCAAAUAACUAAUCAGCUUCACACAUUUAAUGAUGUUUGUAAUAACGAGUCCCUUGUAUCUGACACAGAAACAUCAAUAGCAAAGGAGCUUGCAGAUUGGCUGAUCAACAACAAUGUUGUAGAGCAUAUCUUUGGACCAAAUUUACACAUUGAGAUCAUUAAACAGUGCCAAGUUAUCCUGAACUUUCUCGCUGCUGAAGGGAGGCUUAGUACUCAGCAUGUAGACUGCAUUUGGGCUGCAGCUCAGCUGAAACACUGCAGUCGCUAUAUCCACGAUCUGUUUCCUUCCUUGAUCAAGAACCUAGAUCCUGUGCCACUUCGCCAUGUUCUUAAUCUUGUCUCUGCACUUCACCCCAGUGCCCACACGGAGCAGACACUCUACUUGGCUUCAAUGCUCAUUAAAGCCCUUUGGAAUAAUGCUCUGGCAGCCAAGGCUCAGCUGUCCAAGCAGAGCUCUUUUGCUUCUCUCCUGAGCACAAACCUCCCAAUGGGAAAUAAAAAAGGCUCCCCGGCGGCCAGUCCCGAGAGCAGCGACAACAGCGACACCCACCACAGCGCCGGCAGCGACAUCGAGAUGGACGAGCAGAUCAUGAGCAGCACCAAGCGCGUUCAGCAGCGGCUGUCCGACACCGAGGAGUCCAUGCAGGGCAGCUCGGAUGAGACGGCGAACAGUGGGGAGGACGCCAGCAGCGGGCCUGGCAGCAGCAGCGGCCGCAGCGAGGGCUCCAGCAACGAGGCCAACUCCAGCCGCGCCAGCCAGUCCGCGGGCAGCCCCGGGAGCGAGGUGCACUCGGAGGACAUGGCCGACAGCGAGGCCCUGAAGGAGGAAGAGGAGGAGGAGGAGGAGGAGGAGGACGACGAGGAUGAGGAGGAGGACGACACCGGGGCGGCGGAGAGGGGCUGCAGCCCGCCAAAGGAAGCCCGGAACCCCGAGCUUAGGAAGAGAAAGUCGGAGGCCCAGGCUGGCAUUUGUCUGGGCGACACUCCCGGCCCUGCGGACAGACCAGGGGGCGCCGGCGGGCCGGGGAAGGACCUGUCCUUCAACCCCGAGGCUGUCUCCUCCGUGGACAGCCACAUGAGAAUGCUGGACGCCUGCUCUGCCCACCCGGAGGACCCUGACCACGACAUGCAGGCGGAAAUGGGCCCAACACACAUACCUCCAGGGACUCAGGACCCAUGCCUCACCCGCACUGGGGACUUCCUUGGCGAGGCCAUCGGCAGCGAGCUCUUCAACUGCAGGCGUUUCAUCGGCCCCCACCACCAUCACCACCACCACCACCACCACCAUGAGGGGCACAUGGUGGAGGACAUGCUGAGUGCGGAUGAUGUGAGCUGCAGCAGCUCCCAGGUCAGCGCGAAGUCUGAAAAGAACAUGGCGGAUUUCGAUGGGGAGGAGUCUGGCUGCGAGGAAGAGCUGGUGCAAAUCAACUCCCAUGCUGAGCUCACCUCGCACCUCCAGCAGCACCUACCCAAUUUAGCCUCAAUCUACCAUGAACACCUAACUCAAGGUCCUGCAGUUCACAAACAUCAGUACUCUGGCAAUGCAGUCACUGACAUCAACUUGGACAAUGUCUGUAAGAAGGGUAACACCCUCUUGUGGGACUUGGUUCAAGAUGAGGAUGCGAUUCAUUUAUCUGAGGGGCUGAUCAAUGAAGCAGAGAAACUGCUCUGCUCUCUCGUUUGCUGGUUCACUGACAGACAGAUUCGAAUGAGGUUCAUCGAAGGCUGCUUGGAAAAUUUGUCCAACCACCGGUCCGUUGUUGUUUCUCUCCGUCUACUUCCUAAACUGUUUGGCACAUUUCAACAGUUUGGGAGUAGUUAUGACACCCACUGGAUAACCAUGUGGGCUGAGAAGGAGCUGCAUAUGAUGAAGCUCUUUUUCGAUGACCUGCUACACUACAUUCAAGAAGUUCGGGAGCAACGACAUAAAUUCGCUCUGUAUGGCCACAGUGCUGAAGUCCAAGUGCGUCUGCAGUUCCUUACCUGUGUGUUCUCCACUCUGGGCUCCCCAGACCACUUCCGGCUCAGCUUGGAACAGGUUGAUAUUCUGUGGCACUGCCUGGUGGAAGACUCCGAGUGCUAUGAUGAUGCAUUGCACUGGUUCCUCAACCAAGUCCGCAGCAAAGACCAGCAUGCAAUGGGCAUGGAAACAUACAAGCAUCUUUUCCUGGAAAAGAUGCCACAGCUAAAACCGGAAACAAUCAGUAUGACGGGACUGAACCUGUUCCAGCAUUUAUGUAAUUUAGCCCGCCUGGCUACGAGUGCUUAUGAUAGUGGUUCAAAUUGUGAGCUUUGUGGUAUGGACCAACUAUGGGGCAUCGCAUUGAGGGCUCAGUCUGCCGAUGUUAGCCGAACUGCCAUACAGUACAUCAACUCCUAUUAUAUAAAUGUUGGCUUGACCUGUAAAUCCACCAAGAUUCCAGGCAAAACAGGUUUGGAAAAGGAGCAGGAAUUCAUCAGCAAGUGUAUGGAAAGUCUCAUGAUGGCAUCUGGUAAUCUGGAGAAGGAUCCCCACUCUAGCCUUACUAUAAUUGAGAGAGGACUGCUGAUGCUCAAGACUCACUUGGAAGCCUUCCGCCGAAGGUUUGCUUAUCAUCUGAGACAGUGGCAGAUUGAGGGAACAGGAAUCAGCAGUCACUUGAAGGCUCUCAGUGACAAGCAGUCGCUGCCCCUGAGGAUUGUGUGCCAGCCAGCUGGUCUUCCUGACAAGAUGACGAUAGAAAUGUAUCCCAGCGAUCAGGUAGCAGACCUGAGAGCAGAGGUCACCCACUGGUAUGAGAACCUGCAGAAGGAGCAGAUGAACCAGCAGGCUCAGCUGCAGGAGUUUGGGCAGAGCAGCCGACAGGGGGACUUUCCCGGAGGUUUGAUGGGACCUGUGAGAAUGAUCUCCUCAGGCCAUGAGUUGACCACAGAUUAUGAUGAGAAAACUCUGCAUGAACUGGGAUUUAAGGAUAUGCAGAUGGUGUUUGUCUCCCUGGGCGCCCCGAGGAGAGAGCGGAAGGGCGAGGGAGUGCAGCUGCCGGCCUCCUGCCUGCCCCCUCCGCAGAAGGACAACAUUCCCAUGCUUCUGCUGCUGCAGGAGCCCCACCUCACCACGCUGUUCGACCUGCUGGAGAUGCUGGCCUGCUUUAAGCCCCCCACUCGGGAGCGGGCUAUGGAGGACACGGAGAGUGUCAGGUGCGAGGAGCUGCACCUCCAUGCUGAGAACCUGUCCAGGCGUGUCUGGGAGCUGCUCAUGCUGCUGCCGACGUGUCCCAACAUGUUACAGGCCUUCCAGAACAUCUCUGAGGAGCCGGGAAGUGAUGGACUUUGUUGGAAAGAUCUGCUGAGAAUUAAGAGCCCGCAUAAGCUUUUGUAUGCCCUUGAAAUCAUCGAGGCGCUGGGGAAACCGAACAGGAGGAUACGAAGGGAGUCCACGGGGAGCUACAGUGACCUGUACCCAGAUUCAGAUGAUUCCAGUGAGGACCAGAUAGAGAACAGCAAGAACUCCUGGAGCUGCAAGUUUGUGUCUUCUGGAGGACUACAGCUCCUUCUGGAAAUUUUUAAUUCCGCUAUCCUGGAGCCUAAAGAUCAAGAGUCUUGGACGGUGUGGCUUUUGGACUGCCUUGCUUGCCUUUUGAAGCUGAUCUGCCAGUUUGCAGUAGACCCUGCUGAUCUGGACUUGGCCUAUCACGAUGUGUUUGCCUGGUCUGGGGUGACGGAGAACCAGCGCAAACGAGCGUGGCCAGGCAAGUCCCGCAAAGGAGCAGGGGACCAUGGGAAGGGGCUCCACAUACCACGGCUCACGGAGGUUUUUCUUGGCCUUGUCCAAGGGACCAACUUAAUCCAUAGGUUAAUUAAUGUUGCUUACACCUAUGACAACCUUGGCCACAGGGUGCUGAAAGCUCAGUCUGAUCAUAGGUCACGGCAUGAAGUAACACACUACUCUAUGUGGCUCCUGGUGAGCUGGGCACACUGCUGUUCUGCAGUGAAAUCCAGCCUCGCAGACAGUGAACAUCUCCAUGACUGGCUCAAAAAGCUCACUCUUCUUGUUCCCGAGACUGCUGUCCGACAUGAAGCCUGUAAUGGACUAUAUAAACUCUCUCUUUCCGGACUGGAAGGAGGAGAGUCUAUUAACAGAUCCUUUUUGCUCUUGGCUGCUUCAACUCUGUUAAAAUUUCUCCCUGAUGCACAAGCCCUCAAGCCAAUGAGGGUGGAGGAUUACGAGGAUGAACCAGUGCUUCGGAUAGGAUGCAAAGAGUAUUUCUGGCUGCUGUGCAAGCUGAUAGACAAUAUUCACGUAAAGGACGCCAGCCAGACCACCUUACUGGACCUUGAUGCUCUGGCACGGCACCUCGCAGACUGCAUUCGGAGCAGGGAGAUCCUUGAUCAGCAGGAUGGCAAUAUAGAAGACGAUGGGCUGACGGGUCUUCUCAGGCUUGCCACGAGUGUUGUGAAGCACAAGCCACCCUUUAAAUUCUCACGUGAAGGACAGGAAUUCCUGAGGGAUGUUUACAAUCUGCUGUUCAUGUUGCCGAGCCUGAAGGACAGACAGCAGCCUAAAUGCAAGUCCCACUCAGCCAGGGCUGCUGCCUACGACCUGCUGGUGGAAAUGGUGAAGGGAUCAGUAGAAAACUACAGGCUCCUGCACAACUGGGUCAUGGCACAACACAUGCAAACAUCACAUGCACCUUAUAAAUGGGAUUACUGGCCUCACGACGAUGUUAGAGCAGAGUGCAGGUUUGUGGGGCUGACGAACCUGGGAGCCACAUGCUACCUGGCCUCUACAAUCCAGCAGCUUUAUAUGAUCCCAGAGGCCAGACAGGCCAUCUUCACAGCCAAGUAUGCUGAGGAGAUAAAGCACAAGACCACACUCCUGGAACUGCAGAAGAUGUUUACAUAUCUUAUGGAGAGCGAACGAAAGGCAUACAAUCCCAGGCCAUUCUGCAAAACCUACACCAUGGAUAAACAGCCGCUCAACACGGGAGAGCAGAAGGACAUGACCGAGUUCUUCACCGACCUCAUUACCAAGAUAGAGGAGAUGUCUCCAGACCUAAAAAACACAGUGAAGACAUUAUUUGGAGGUGUUAUUACCAACAAUGUUGUGUCUUUGGACUGCGAGCAUGUGAGCCAGACAGCUGAAGAAUUCUACACCGUAAGAUGCCAGGUGGCUGAUAUGAAGAACAUCUAUGAAUCGCUGGAUGAGGUCACUAUCAAAGACACCCUGGAGGGGGACAAUAUGUACACUUGUUCCCAGUGUGGAAAGAAAGUGAGAGCAGAGAAGAGGGCAUGUUUUAAAAAACUUCCUCGGAUAUUAAGCUUCAACACGAUGAGGUACACCUUCAACAUGGUGACGAUGAUGAAAGAGAAAGUGAACACGCACUUUUCUUUCCCUCUGCGUCUUGACAUGACCCCUUACACUGAGGACUUCCUCAUGGGCAAGAGUGACAGGAAGGAGGGCUUCAGAGAUGACGGGGAGAUGAAAGCAGCAGAGAGCUACGAAUAUGAUCUGAUCGGUGUUACUGUCCACACGGGUACUGCGGACGGAGGCCAUUACUACAGCUUCAUUAGAGACAUCGUCAACCCGCACGCCUACAAGAACAACAAGUGGUACCUCUUUAAUGAUGCUGAAGUAAAGCCAUUUGACUCAGCACAGCUUGCUUCAGAGUGUUUUGGAGGAGAAAUGACUACAAAAACCUAUGAUUCUGUCACAGAUAAAUUUAUGGACUUUUCCUUUGAGAAGACCCACAGUGCCUACAUGCUGUUUUAUAAAAGGGUGGAGCCAGAGGAAGAAAGUGGAAAAGAUCUUAAAUUUGAUGUUUCUCCAGAUCUUCUAGAGUGGAUUUGGCAUGACAACAUGCAGUUUCUACAAGAUAAGAACAUUUUCGAGCACACUUAUUUUGGGUUCAUGUGGCAGCUCUGCAGCAUUAUUCCCAGUACUUUACCAGAUCCAAAAGCUAUAUCUCUGAUGACAGCCAAGCUUAGUACGUCUUUCGUUUUGGAAACAUUUAUUCACUCGAAAGAAAAGCCAACAAUGCUACAGUGGAUUGAACUCUUAACAAAACAGUUCAACAACAGCCAGGCUGCUUGUGAGUGGUUUUUGGACCGAAUGGCUGAUGACAAUUGGUGGCCCAUGCAGAUCUUAAUUAAAUGUCCCAAUCAGAUUGUCCGACAGAUGUUCCAGCGCUUGUGUAUCCAUGUGAUUCAGAGACUGAGGCCAGUACAUGCACAUCUCUAUCUACAGCCAGGAAUGGAAGACGGCUCUGACGACAUGGAUGGGCCUGUUGAGGACAUAGGUAGCAGGUCUUGUGUCACGCGCUUUGUGAAGACCUUGCUCUCCAUCAUGGAGCAUGGAGUGAAGCCUCACAGCAAACACCUGACUGAAUACUUUGCCUUCCUUUAUGAGUUUGCUAAGAUGGGAGAGGAGGAAAGUCAGUUUCUUCUUUCAUUACAAGCCAUUUCAAUUAUGGUGCAUUUCUACAUGGGAACAAAGGGGCCUGAAAAUCCCCAGGUGGAGGUGCUCUCUGAAGAGGAGGGAGAGGAGGAGGAUGAGGAGGAGGACAUCCUGUCCCUGGCGGAGGAGAAGUACCGUCCGGCAGCGCUGGAAAAGAUGAUCGCGCUCAUAGCCCUGCUCGUGGAGCAGUCCCGCUCUGAGAGACAUUUAACUUUGUCUCAGAAUGAUAUGGCUGCACUCACGGGAGGAAAGGGAUUCCCGUUCUUAUUUCAACACAUACGGGACAGCAUCAACAUCAGGCAAACGUGCAACCUCAUCUUCAGCCUCUGUCGCUAUAACAAUAGACUUGCAGAACAUAUUGUUUCUAUGCUUUUCACCUCCAUAGCAAAACUCACUCCAGAGGCUGCUAAUCCUUUCUUCAAACUGCUCACCAUGCUGAUGGAGUUUGCGGGAGGACCACCUGGAAUGCCCUCUUUUGCAUCUUACAUUCUGCAGAGGAUCUGGGAGGUCAUAGAGUACAACCCCUCUCAGUGUUUGGACUGGCUGGCUGUGCAGACGCCACGCAACAAGCUGGCACACAGCUGGGUGCUUCAGAACAUGGAGAACUGGGUAGAACGGUUCCUGCUGGCACACAACUACCCACGGGUCCGGACAUCUGCUGCUUAUCUCCUGGUGUCGCUGAUUCCCAGCAACUCUUUCCGUCAGAUGUUCCGUUCCACCCGUUCCCUUCACAUUCCCACCCGGGACCUGCCUCUAAGCCCAGACACCACGGUGGUGCUGCACCAGGUCUACAAUGUCCUCCUGGGACUGCUGUCCCGCGCCAAGCUGUAUGUGGACGCUGCUGUGCACGGCACUACCAAGCUGGUGCAGUACUUCAGCUUCAUGACCUACUGCUUGAUUUCCAAGACGGAGAAACUCAUGUUCUCCAGUUACUUCAUGGACCUGUGGAACCUCUUCCAGCCUAAGCUAUCUGAGCCAGCCAUUGCCACAAACCACAACAAGCAGGCCCUCCUGUCCUUCUGGUACAAUGUGUGUGUGGAUUGCCCCGAGAACGUCCGUCUUAUUGUCCAGAACCCGGUGGUGACCAAGAACAUUGCCUUCAACUACAUCUUGGCGGACCAUGAUGACCAGGAUGUGGUGCUCUUCAAUCGUGGCAUGCUGCCAGCCUACUAUGGCAUUUUGCGCAUGUGCUGUGAGCAGUCACCUGCAUUUACCAGGCAGCUGGCUUCCCACCAGAACAUCCAGUGGGCGUUCAAAAACCUUACGCCUCAUGCCAGCCAGUACCCAGGGGCAGUGGAGGAGCUCUUCAACUUGAUGCAGCUCUUUGUUGCCCAGAGGCCUGAUAUGAGAGAGGAGGAGCUGGAUGACAUCAAACAGUUCAAGAAAACCACCAUAAGCUGCUACCUGCGCUGCCUAGAUGGGCGAUCAUGUUGGACCACUCUGAUCAGUGCCUUUCGUGUUCUGCUAGAAAACGAUGAGGACAGAUUGCUUGUUGUUUUUAACAGGGGACUGAUCCUCAUGACAGAGUCUUUCAACACAUUGCACAUGAUGUACCAUGAGGCAACUGCGUGUCAUGUUACGGGAGACCUGGUGGAGCUACUAUCCAUCUUCCUGUCAGUUCUCAAGGCCACACGGCCUUAUCUUCAGAGGAAGGAUGUCAAACAGGCUCUCAUCCAGUGGCAGGAGAGGAUUGAAUUUGCCCACAAGCUGCUUACUCUCUUGAAUUCCUACAGUCCUCCAGAGCUUAGAAAUGCGUGUAUAGAUGUUUUAAAGGAGCUAGUUCUCUUGAGUCCUCAUGACUUCCUGCACACCCUGGUGCCAUUUCUUCAACACAACCACUGCACUUACCAUCAUAGUAGCAUCCCAAUGUCUUUUGGACCAUACUUUCCUUGUCGGGAGAACAUCAAGCUGAUGGGAGGAAAAAACAACAUUCGGCCCCCAAGACCAGAACUUAAUAUGUGUCUUCUUCCCUCCAUGGUUGAGACCAGCAAGGGAAAGGAUGAGGUCUAUGACCGUAUGCUGUUGGAUUAUUUCCUGUCCUAUCAUCAGUUCAUUCAUUUGUUGUGCCGAGUAGCUAUCAACUGUGAAAAGUUUACAGACAAUUUAGUUAAACUAAGUGUCCUGAUUGCGUAUGAAGGUUUGCCCUUACAUUUGGCAUUGUUGCCCAAACUCUGGACAGAACUUUGCCAGUCUCAGUCUGCUAUGGCAAAGAGCUGUGUGAAGCUCCUGUGUGAAGACCCGGCUUUUGCAGAGUACAUAAAGUGCAUCUUAAUGGACGAAAGGACGUUUCUAAACAACAAUGUGGUCUACUCCUUCUUGACCUGCUUCCUUCUCAAGGUGCAGAGUCAAGUUUUGUCUGGUUCUAGCUGCGCAAAUCUUAUAAACGUUCUAGUGACUAAUCUGAUCAACGAGUACCACAGUCUGGAGCCGGAACCUGCAAGCCAAAGAGCAGAGAUCUGCAAAACGAGCAGUGCACUGAAUGCGGACCUGCGAGCCUUCAUCCUGAUGCUUUCGGUUCACACCCCAAAGCAGCUCGACACUGCCCUGCUGCCAGCGCUUCAGGAUCUGCUCGGCAAGUGCAGAGCCUGCUUGCAGCAGAGAAACACCCUGGAGCUGGAGGCGAAGGAGAGAAAAUCGAAAGACGAUGAGGGAGCGACUCCGGUGAAGAGGCGGCGUGUGAGCUGCGAUGAGGACCUGGCCAUCGAGAGCUGUGCGGGAGAGCUGAAGUCGGAGCCGAGGGAGGCGUUGACCCCAACCAGCACCUCCGACACGGAGACCAGGGACUCCUCAGUCAUUGACCCAGGAACCGAGCAGGAUCCUCCCACCCCUGAAAACAGCUCCCCGAAGGAGGAGAAGAUGGAGUCCUCGUGCUCGGUGCCCGAGGACGCCCUGCUCUGCAGCAGGCCCCCAGAGGAGCAGGCGGAAGGCGAGGGUCAAGCCGAAGAAUGUAAAGACUCGAAGGAAGAGCUUCAGGGCUCCAAGGCUUCCAGCGGCGCGGAAGAGGAUGCCGAGUUUCCCUCUACGUCCGUUUUUGCAGGUUUGCAUGACAUUGCGGACCUGAGAGGGGGUGAGAAUCAGAGUUUCCCUUUGCAGGACCCAGAGAGCAGUCUGCCAGCCAGCUGUGCCCAGUCCAGAGGACUGUUGAACUUCAUGCAGCAGCAUGACAUUUUAGACACUUUGUGCAGGACCGUUGAGUCUACUAUCAGUGUGGUCACAAAACUGUCUGGAAAAGGAAGUCGGUCCACGUCUUGACAGUAUUUCUCGCAUGUCUGCUUUUAAAUUUUCUUUUUUUUAAAUGCUGUUUGUAUACUUCUCUUUUUCUGUUCACUUCUGGCUGUUUGAUCAGUUGCUCUGUGCUUUAGUUUGUCAAGUGAUCUUUUUUUGUGCUUGAAUGGCAAUAGAUUCAUAUGCUUGAAGCAUCUGAGGCUGGAAAGAUGCAAUGCCUCAGAUCAAUUGAUAAGAAAAUAAUUGCAGCUAUAGCACAUUUUCUCAAAGGGCAAAACAUUUUUCAUUUUUACUUAUUUCAGAGUUCUUUGAAGUAAUUCUUUGUUCAAGGUUGCUGUUAACGGGGGAAGGUUUACAGAAUUUUAGUCUUCUCUCUUUUCUGUAUGUAAUUUAAAUUUAUUGCAUUUUUACUGUGUAUAAUAUGGUGUCCUCUGUGCCAGUUUUGUACUUUACUAAGGAGGCAGAUUGCCUCAUAUUUCUGUGGUUAUAUCCAAAAUAAGUUUACCUGUAUAUUAAAAAAAACCACAAGAAACUUGAUUCUGUUAAGAAUCCUUUCUAAAUGUGGCCUGGCAGUAUAUAUAUAAAUAUAUAUGGUGCUUUAUUUGACAGGAUACCUGUGGAUGAAAUAAAGCACACUUGAUGUAACAAUUUGAGCUUUAUUUUAUUUACUGAAAUACAUUCCAUAUUAUAUUAUGUCAUAAUUGCAUUUCCUGUUUUCUAUUUGACUUAAUUUAGAAUUAUAUUAUGAAUAAAACUUAUAGUAAUUAUGAACCAAAAGAGAAUACAACCUCUGACAGAUUAGUUUUUCUGGUUUAUUUGUAAUAUUUUUCACAAAGUUUUAGAAUAUAAGUACUUUGUGAUUUUUUAUGAUAGAAGCAGUGCAAUGCAUGUUCAAUUUAAUUUUAGGCUGGGACUAUUUACCAGCUAGAAUGCUAACAAUUCUAAAUCUGUCUGAUGGGUCAACAGUUACAUGAACCUUUUUCAGUUUACGUAAUUCUGAGGUUUAAACAGGAAUAUUAUGUUCCCAGAAUUAUUUAGCAUGUUCAUAUGUUAAUGAAAAGUAAACAAAAUGGUUGGAUUCAUUCUGUAUUGUGCAUCAUUCAGAUUACAAUGAAAUCAUGCAAACAAUCCUAUUUGGCAAGCAUCCAUGACCCUCAACAAAAUAUUUUAUGUGAAAAUGACAUUUCACUUCAUACUCCUUGUUUUAGUUCAGAUGGGCAUGACAAGCAGUGCCUUGAGAUAAAUCUUUAUUAAAUAAUUCCUGAUUUUUAAAGAUGUUUUAAAUAGCCAUACUCUGCAAAUAUCUAUAACUUUCCAAAACAAGCCAUCCAAUUUGUAUCAGUUGUGGUCUUUACAACAACAUUUUUGGUGUAAUAUAUUUACACCUCCACUAAAUGUUAGAUUUUAACUGAGCAAGGGACCUGUUGUGCUAAAAGCUUGAUCUCCAGUUUAUUAGUUCAAGAAUAAGGUGAACAUGCCUGUAGUCAAGUUUGACUUUUAAUUUUGCUUGAUUGGCACUUUACUGUAACUUGUUUUACUCACUGUGAAAUAAUGUAAAACAUAACAGUUGAUAAUUGUAAUAAAAUUAAAUGACAAAUUU